CUCCCGGGCCCCCGAGCCCCGUGCUGAGCUCCCGUCCGUCCGUCCGUCCCGCCCCGUCCUGUCCGGUCGGGUCCGGUGGGUGGGCGGCGCGGUGUCUCCCAUGGUGUCCCUGCAGGGGGGUCCGGCCCGAGGCCGCGGCGGGCUGAGCCUCAAGGAGGAGCCGCUGGCCGCGGGGCUCCGGCCCGCCCGCUCCUGGACGCUGCCCGCCGGCAUCCUGGACCCCACCGUGGCGGCACAGAGCGGCGCAGGCCUAGCCCGGGCUCACUUCGAGAAGCAGCCGCCCGCCAACCUGCGCAAGUCCAACUUCUUCCACUUCGUGCUCGCCAUGUAUGACCGGCACGGGCAGCCCGUGGAAGUGGAGCGCUCCGCCUUCGUCGGCUUCGUGGAGAAGGGAAGGGAGCACGGAGGGGAGAAAACCAACAACGGCAUACACUACCGGUUACAGCUUCUCUACAGCAACGGCAUCCGAACGGAACAAGACUUAUACGUGCGCCUCAUCGACUCAGUGUCCAAGCAGGCCAUCAUCUACGAGGGGCAGGACAAGAACCCCGAGAUGUGCCGCGUGCUCCUCACACAUGAGAUCAUGUGCAGCCGCUGCUGCGAUAAGAAGAGCUGUGGUAACCGCAACGAGACGCCCUCUGACCCCGUCAUCAUAGACAGGUUUUUCCUCAAGUUUUUCCUGAAGUGUAACCAGAAUUGCCUGAAGAACGCGGGUAACCCUCGCGACAUGCGCCGCUUCCAGGUGGUGGUGGCCACCACGGUCAGCGUGGACGGGCACGUGUUGGCCGUGUCCGACAACAUGUUCGUCCACAACAACUCCAAGCACGGCCGCCGGGCCCGCCGCCUCGACCCCUCGGAAGCCGCCCCCUGCAUCAAGGCCAUCAGCCCCAGCGAGGGCUGGACGACGGGCGGGGCCACCGUCAUUGUCAUCGGGGACAACUUCUUCGACGGGCUGCAGGUGCUCUUCGGCACCGUCCUGGUGUGGAGCGAGCUGAUCACUCCCCACGCCAUCCGAGUGCAGACGCCCCCUCGACACAUCCCCGGGGUGGUGGAAGUGACGCUGUCCUACAAGUCCAAGCAGUUCUGCAAGGGGGCUCCGGGCCGCUUCGUCUACACCGCUCUGAACGAACCCACCAUCGACUACGGCUUCCAGCGGCUGCAGAAGGUGAUUCCCCGGCACCCAGGCGACCCGGAGCGUCUGCCCAAGGAGCUGCUACUGAAGAGGGCGGCUGACCUCGUGGAGGCCCUGUACGGAAUGCCGCACAAUAACCAGGACCUGAUCUUGAAGCGGGCAGCGGGCAUCGCGGAGGCCCUGUACAGCUUGCCCCGCCCCCCGAGCCAGCUGGGGGCCCUCGCCAGCGGCCACCCCCACGCGGCCAUGGCCGGCGUCGCUGGCAGCAUCGGAGACGCCGCCCAAGGCAUCGAGCAAGGAGGAAGAGAAGGAGGAGGAGGGUCCCCUCUCCCCCACGCUUACGUGCCCAGCUCCACCCCUCAGCAGAGUGGCUACAGCUCCGUCACGCCGAGCAUCGGUGGCUACGGGGCCGCGGGCAUGGCCGGUCUAGGUGUCCCGGCCUCCCCCGGCUUCCUCAACGGCUCUACCGCCGGCUCGCCCUACGCCACCGCUGCCUCCACCACCACCAGCGUCUUCUCCUUCUCGCCGGUCAACAUGAUCUCUGCUGCCGUUAAGCAGAAGAGCGCCUUCGCCCCCGUGCUGCGCCCGACCGUCUCGCCGCCCCCGGCCUGCAGCGGCACCAGCGGCGGCGGCGGCCUGCCAGACCAGGAGUUCGAGGACUCGGACAAGUUUCCCCCCGCCUCUCGGGCCCUGCAGGGAGUGGCCUACUCCUGAACCCCCCUCGUCCGGCCCGGGGGCCUAGGAGAGCCGACCCCGAAGGAGCCACCUGUGCCCUUGGGCCCGGCCCCGGACCUCCAGGACGCACGGACGCAGAGGAGACCGGUUCCAGCGUGGCCAAGCGUGAGGCUCGGAAAGGACCCCCGGUCCCACCGCCCACCGGGGCUUGAGAGGGCAGAGAAAGCCCGAUCCAGCCGUGCCCCCCUCCCCACCCGGGAAGAGGAAAAGUUGGGGCUUGGGGUAGAGGUCAGGGGUUAAAUGUCAGUGUGGAGGGAGGGAGGGUCAUCCGGGGAUGGGUUGGAGGUUGGAGCCAGGGAAGCUCUGCCUCCACCUCUGUCUCUGCCCCUGCCCCCCGGUCUCCGGCCCCGCCCUGCUCCCCACUGCCACUGGCUACCCAGCCUCCUCCUGCCGGGGCCCACUGGCCUGCCAGGGUCUGGCUGAGGUCCGGAGAGACAGACGUGGAGACAGUCCUUGGGAGAGACGGCGGCGGGGCGAGGAGGAGCGCCGCUUCUCCACGGGCCCGGACCGGCUAGUCCCCUUCCCCUGAGCCGUCCCGCGCGCCCCGCC